CAUGUAGUAGCCCGAUGCGAUCUUGUUUGUUCUUAUGGGUACUAUUUUGACAACUUUGACGUAAUGAUUUUUUAGUGCUUUUACUAUUAAAACACCCUUUUUAUAUUAUCUAGUCGUCAGUUUUAUUUAAAAUUAACACGAGCUCACGAGACGUGUGGUAUGAAAAUUUCAAGUUAAUUAUGGGCGACGGUUUAAAGUUAAUUAAAGGUAAGCGUCAUAAGAGCUCUAGUAGUCUCUCUGGAGUUCCGUUAGAAGGAAGAAUUUCCACAAGAAAACUGGAUAUUCGUGCUUCGAUACCUGAGUUGGAAGACCAAUUUGCUUUAGCAGAAGCAAGAUGCGACGACUUACAAGAGAAAAUAGAUUUGGUAAAAGUAUUAAAGAAGAAACGAAAAUUAAAGAAACGAAGUGCAACUCGAGUUAAUGACCAGAUGUCUGUUAUCGAGGCUCCCAUGAUUUCUGUGCGAACUCAGCCCAAAAAAAUUCUGAUGGUUACAGAGGUGUCGCAGCAGGCAACUCGGCACCGGCGGUUCGACAUGGCACCAAACCCGGUGCGUGGGUACCUGGACCCCGCGACCGUCGAGCAGCGCCGGAUGAUCGGCCAGAUGCAUGGCUAUAACCAGAUGUUUAGGCCCGAGCACGAGGCGUCUAUGUCCAAGGCUACGGAGCAAAUGCGGUCCUCGCCGACGCGUGCGCAGCAAGUACGACCCGAUGGCGAUGUUGUAUUUCCAGGCGGAAAUAUACGUAAAAGUUCACGCAUGACGAGCGUUCAGAUUAACACCGGUGCCCAGGACGCUGGCUGCGGCUCGGACGUCGGCACCGCGUACUCCGAUGCUGACGAUAUCUUCAACCAGCCCACAGUUUGUAACGUAUCUGCGACGGGUAAGAAUACCGAGAAUCCGCGAUACGGGAUCUCACAGAAUGUCCGACGGAGGCACGUGCCUAAGGAGACUAUUGCAAAAGAUGAUGUGAAAUCCCCGCGCGGCUACAGGGCGGAGUCGUCGCCACAUCUUCGAAAAAAUUUCAAUAGUCAAAAACAAAAGGAGUCGGCGCCAUCUAUACCCGAAGAGAGGUCGGUGGUGGAGCUGUUCAACAAGGCGCAGUAUCGAGGCCUGUCUCCAGAAGCGAGGCCCGCCAACAGUUCGGAUCCACAAGGGCAGUGGAAAAAAGGUCGAGGUCCUCAAACGAAUGCACAAUCGGCGGACACGAAUAAUGUAUCGAUGUCGCCGAUGAAAAAGGAGAGUCACUCGAAGCACCCGCACCGGGUGAAGUAUCGCAGUCGCCGGUACGAGCUGCCGACAGUCGCGUCGCAGAUGAAGCAGGCGCGUGCGCAGUACUACCACGGCACGGCCAACCAUACUAACAUACCGUUCGUCGUCAGCAAGAGCACUGCGCCCUCGCACAACAUUGGUGUCAAUAUACAACAGGUAUUAAAUGGGCUGAAAAUACAACAGCCUCUGUCUGGGAUCCCGCUGACGAUAGCGCACCACAUGGGGCUGGGCCAUCUUCCCACUUAUGGCCACUCAAGGACAACUGCCAUACAUCCGAGGAUCGAUAACAAGGAGAUGAAUGCGAUCCAGUUGGGCCAUAAGCUUGUGCGGUUGCCGUCCUACAAGUUCAACAUGUCUUUCAACCGCCUGCUGGCUUUGUACCGCGAGGGCGACGGAAUGGUCUCCAGGUUCCUUAGGGCCAUCAGCAGACCACACUACUUCUACACUUCAAUGUACAACAGUCUGGCGACUCACCGAGAGGACCACGACGGGGCGACGUCCAAGGGCCUUAGUGGAAGCCAGGAGGCGAAGCAGAGUCUGACGGAGUACGCCGCCCUUUACCGGGAGUACGAGUAUGUAGACAAGUGCAUCAAGGAGGGCAACCGCGAUCCCGAGUUGGAGCAGAUGAAAGUGGAACUUUCCAAGGAGUUGGCGAACAGGGAAGAUCAUAUUCGGAGAGUGGUACAAGAAUACGGGACUUUGCAAGGUGAGAUGGACCAGUCGGCGCUCCGGUCGUCAGCCUCCACGAGCGAGCACCCCUACAGGCACUCCACCAACAGACUGAACGUGGGCGAGCCCCAGCUGUAAUGCCCCCGACUGGCUCUAGCUGUGCCGACUAAAUUCUGCGUUGCUUCGGACACUCGCGCCAAGAGCGACCUAUCUUUAGCCGGGGUUUUAAAAAUUAUCGUCCUACUUAAACUGGCGUCGCAGUCCUUCUGUGGACGCGCGUCACUGUCGCUCGUUAAGUAUGUCUUAUUCUUUGAAGCCUUUUCGCCGAAAGGGCAAUGAACCUAUCAGAUUCGUCGCACGUUGCAUUCGCAUUCUCUUUCCUAGGUUAUGGACAGCUUGACCCAUGAAGGGUGGUGUGAGCGUUGCGUGCGAAGAAAUAAUGGAAGGAUUUUCUACACUGGGACGCGCUCACGCGGUUUCUUGGAGCAUAAAAAUUUGGGCGGGUCUUGGCGUGGCAAAGCCUUCUUGGAUUAGCUCGAUAGGAAAAGUAGUCUAGCGUCUAAUGCACUUUAGGUUAUUGUCUGUGUAAAGCACAGGGUUAGAUCUCAAUCUUCGUCUAUAUCAAUUUAGAUCCAUUUGUUCGGCUACGAGUGAUCGUGAGUCUCAUUGUUACGUCCAAAAUCAAUUGCUUUAUCGAACGUGAAUGUUGAGCAUAAUACAAAGAGAGUUAUCUACAUUA